AACCAAAUUUACACUAUCCGUUGCAAGACAUGAACUGUUCUCUAUCUUCUUCUUCCCCCUUCUCAUGGCCAUUCUUCUCCUCUCCCUCUCCCUCCCUCCACCAAAGCUUAAACCCCAAAACCCUAACAGACCCAUAAUUCUCUCUCCUCCCUCACCUUCUCCAAUUCUCAAAAACGUCACCUUUAGGAGAGAUUUGAUGCUUAAAGCCAUACCUCUCUGUUUCAUAUCCUUGAUCAUUCAAAACCCACUUGCAGAAUCUCUGGCGGAUCCUUCCCCAUCUACGAAACCGAGGAGUUUGAGCAUCGCGAACACAAAGUCUUGGUUCCAGUUCUAUGGCGAUGGGUUCGCGAUUAGGGUUCCUCCUGAGUUUGAAGACAUCAUGGAGCCUGAGGAUUACACUGCAGGAUUGUCUCUUUACGGGGACAAGGCGAAGCCCAAGACUUUUGCCGCGCGCUUUGCCUCUCCUGAUGGAUCAGAAGUCGUAAGCGUCGUGAUUCGCCCGUCCACCCAACUCAAGAUUACUUUCCUCGAGGCGAAAGAUAUAUCCGACCUGGGAUCGUUGAAGGAAGCAGCGAGAAUCUUCGUUCCAGCAGGUGGAGCGACGGUUUAUUCUGCUCGUACAAUAAAGAUAAAGGAAGACGAAGGUUUCAAGACUUACUAUUUCUAUGAGUUUGGUAGAGCAGAAGAACGGAUAGCGCUUGUGGCUGCCGUGAACAACGGGAAGGCUUACAUUGCUGGAGCGGCAGCACCGAAAUCCAGAUGGAAUGAUGACGGUAUCAAGCUCCGAUCUGCUGCGAUAUCGUUCACGAUUCUGUAAUCGCCCGAUAGAUCAUCUUUCCACGUUUUACGCUGUCGAAAUGUGAAACGCGUAUUCGGGUUGAUCAAGAAACGCGGAAAAGAGAGCGACAGAUCGAGAGAACGCACGCGGGUUCGAUGGCGACUGAUUGAACGUAAACUGAGUUCUUGUGAUAUUUUUGGUAGAUGUGAUUUCUGUUUCUUGAUUUUGAUGAUAUUUUUAGUUAUAAUUCCAUUGAAUUCCAUUUAGCCGAUAGCAAUGUAUAAUGAACAAAGAACAAAUGAAAACGCUUUGAUCCAUGUUAGUUCUCA